GUUCACAUCAGAACUUGAGCUUUUUGUUAUGAGAUGGUAACCAUGGUAAUCUAGUUGUUGACUGUUUAUCUGGUUUACUACUAAGUUUUUCCUUGUGCGCAUAGUUUAAAUCUUUAACUACUUUUGAAUUGUUACAAUUUGAAUUUUUAGCGGAAAUGGAUGAAUCUGUUUCUCAAAAUCGGAGCUCCGAAAACGCUGUAAAUAAAUCUGAUCAUAUUUCUGCUGAACAAACAAAACUAGUUGUUGUUGAAACUGAUAAACCUUUGCAUGGUAGUAAAAAAGGUUUGGUACGAAAAGCUCCUGAUUUGCCCACUCUAGAAAGACGGAAUUGGUUAAUCCAUUUACAUUUUACUCGAAAAGAAUAUGAAACUUGCAAACUUAUUAUAAAAGAACAAUUAGAUGAAACGCAAGGAAUGUGUGAAUAUGCCCUUUACGUCCAAGCCUUAAUACUACGUCAUGAAGGCAGAAUUCAAGAGUCUUUAGAAUUAUUUCAGACGUGCUCCAUACUUAAUACAUCAGCUGAAAACUUGAAGCAAGUUGCACGCUCAUUAUUUCUUCUUGGAAGGCAUAAAAAUGCAAUUGAUGUCUAUGAAGAAGCAGCACGAAUGAAUUGUAAAGACUGGGAACUUUGUCAUAAUCUUGGAAUUUGUUACAUGCAACUUCAGAACAAUAAACAAGCCUUAGAUUAUUUCAGACAAGCUUUGCAACUCCGUCCACAUGAUGACACUUUUAUAGCUCUAGGCCAGCUUCAUAUUCUCGAAGGUGACAUUAAAGCAGCUAUAUCUACCUAUCGUAAAGCAGUAGAAAAUUCCCCUGAAAAUCCUGAAUUGGCUUCUAAACUUGGUUUACUAUAUCUUCAGUGCGGUAUGUAUCAAAAAGCAUUUGAAAAAUUAGGUACAGCCAUGGCUUUCGACCCGUCAUGUGUUCCAGCUAUAUUAGCUGCUGGUAGCAUUAUUCAAAAUCAUAAUGAUUAUGAAGUAGCCCUAUCUAAAUAUCGCAUUGCUGUUUCUAAAAUUCCAGAAAGUCCUGCCCUCUGGAAUAAUAUCGGAAUGUGUUUUUUCGGAAAAAAGAAAUAUGUAGCAGCUAUUAGCUGUUUAAAAAGAGCAACUUAUCUUGCCCCUUUUAGUUGGCAAAUUCUACAAAAUUUAGGACUGAUUCAUCUUACAAUGCAACAAUAUGCAUCUGCUUUUCAUUUUCUAAGUGCUGCGAUGAAUCUUAAUUCUCACAGUGGUCAUCUUUUCAUGCUCUUAGCUGUAUCGCUGAAAUAUUUACAAGAUUUUAAAAACUCUUCACAAGCCUAUGAGCAAGCUUUAAAGCUGGAUUCAGUUGAUCCUGCUAUUUCAUUAAAUUAUGCCUUGUUGUUAUAUGAAAUGGAUGAGAAAGAAAAAUCUAUUGAAAUGAUGCAAGACUUUAAAAAGCGUUGUUGUGAAUAUUCUUUUGAAAAUGAAAAAUUAAAACUUAAACAAGUUACUUUUCUAGCUGAAAAUAUGGCUGAUCUAUUAAAAAUUAAACCAUUUCACUUUCUUCCACAAAAAGAUGAUAGUAAUACUUAUAUCGAUGAAAGCUACUCCAGUGGAAUUUCUGGGCAAGACUCUUCAAAUUCUAAUGAAAGCAAAGAAGUAUUAGUGUAAUUUCAUUUAUUAGAAUCUUGCAUAACAUAUAAUCACGUGUUAAAACAUAAACUUUAAAAUAGAUAUUAUAUUAUUCAAUCAAUUACAAGUGAAAAUCGUGCAAUAAAUAUAAUAAAGUGAUCUUCUAUAGGAUCUUAUAAAAUAA